AAUAUGAACGGAAGUUACGACAUUUUGAUCGGAAGCAAGAACAGGAGCUCGCUAGCUGUGAAGAAUCGAAGCUCCCAAACUUUUCAAAAUGCUCCCGUUUUGUUCUAUUCCCACACAUUCCCCGCAUUUCUCCCAUGGAAGUUGAAUCCUCAAGCCCUCGACGGAAACCUAGCUUGCCGCUGCUCGCUGUGCUUGCUCGUUAGUCUCUGGCCGGCAUUUCUUUCCCAACUCCGGCAAUGGCUUCUAGAGGAACAAGAAAGAAAUCGUUAAGGGUGGAACUCAUCGGAUGGAUGGGGCUAUUGCUGCGCUUACUCCGCUUGGAUUCUCGAAAAAGCUGAUACGAGAUACUAUCAGAGAACUCUUACAGGUGAUGUCUUUCCUCUGUUUUGCUUGCCAGCUAGUCUUUUUUAUCUGCAAACACGGAUUUAUAGGAUGGUUUCUUGGAUGGCAGGUGUAUGGAGACAAUGAUGCCGGCUGGUAUUUUGUUGAAGAAAAUUAUUACAAGCUUGCAAUAGAUAAGAUAAUAGAAGACCAAGAUAGCAAAAAGGAAGAAAAUUUGGAGGAUGAAGGAAAAGCAUCUGAGGAAGGUAGGACAACAGAAGCUUCUGGGCAAGCUCUUCUUCAGCUUGAAGCUGGUAGCAGCAGCAAUAGAGGCCUUUCAUGCAUGGUGGAAUCUUCAGCUGAAAGGGCUGUAAGAAAAUUGGGGGAACUUAGCCAAUUAAGCCCUUCUUCGGUACAAAAAAGGAGACCGUGCUAUGGCUGGAUAAGCGAGGGUGAAGACUAAAAGUCUCAGGUGGCCAUUGUCAUGAAUUAGAGUACCGUUGUUUCCAUUUUCUUAGAGAAGAGCUUUUUGUAGUUCCAUAAAUGAUCUUCCAGUGAGUAUCUAGGAAUACAAAUGCCCAGGGCAUAUUUGCAGGCAUCAAAA